CGGUAGAUUAAAUCGCUGGACUCGGUGGGUGGGACGCGGCUUCGGUACUUGUUGCCACGUCGGAGCAGUUAGUGAACCAGUUUUAUUCAAUCAUUAAACCUGAAUAAUUCUGUGGAGUGUUUCUGGUCCUCUUAUCACCAUGGUUUCUGUGAUCAACACGGUGGACACCUCUCACGAGGACAUGAUCCACGACGCCCAGAUGGACUACUAUGGCACCCGCCUCGCCACCUGCUCCUCCGACCGCACAGUGAAGAUCUUUGAUGUCAGGAACGGGGGACAGAUUCUGGUGGCGGACCUCAGAGGCCACGAGGGUCCAGUGUGGCAGGUGGCGUGGGCUCACCCGAUGUUCGGAAACAUUCUGGCUUCCUGUUCUUACGACCGAAAAGUCAUCAUCUGGAAGGAGGAGAACGGAACCUGGGACAAGAUGUACGAGUACACGGGACACGAGUCAUCAGUGAACUCUGUCUGUUGGGGUCCGUAUGACUUCGGUCUCAUUCUGGCCUGUGGCAGCUCAGACGGAGCGAUUUCCCUUCUCACGUUUACCGGGGAUCAACAGUGGGACGUGAAGAAGAUCAGCAACGCACACACGAUCGGCUGUAACGCAGUCAGUUGGGCUCCCGCUGUGGUUCCAGGAAGUCUGAUCGAUCAGCCGUCAGGACAGAAACCAAACUACGUCAAACGCUUCGUCUCCGGAGGCUGCGACAACCUGGUCAAACUCUGGAAAGAGGAGGACGGUCAGUGGAAGGAGGACCAGAAGCUGGAGGCUCACAGUGAUUGGGUGAGAGAUGUCGGCUGGGCGCCGUCUAUCGGUCUGCCUACCAGCACCAUCGCCAGCUGCUCGCAGGACGGUCGUGUGUACAUCUGGACGUGUGACGACCCCACAGGAAACACCUGGACGGCCAAGCUGCUCCACAAGUUCAACGACGUGGUGUGGCACGUGAGCUGGUCCAUCACCGGGAACAUCCUGGCUGUUUCAGGAGGAGACAACAAGGUGACGCUGUGGAAGGAGUCGAUGGACGGUCAGUGGGCGUGUAUCAGCGACGUCAGCAAGGGACAGGGCGCCGUGUCCUCCAUCACAGACACACAGCAGAGCGAGCAGUGACCCACACACAUCAAUGACCCCCCCCUCCCCCUCCCCGAUCUCCACAAUAAUGACCUGAUCUCAAAGAAUCACUAAACAAGCCGGACUUCUGACCCAACACCCAGAGAGAGAGUAGUUUGUGUUUGAUGAAAACAUUGAGUGAAACUGGAGUCCGAUGGUUUGGUCACGUUUUCAUCCGUCUGUAAGUUCAGAGGACGAAGAAUCUUCUCAAUGCAAACAUUUCUCUUCAACACUCCUCUGUUUCCACAUGUACGUUAACGCCGGUCCCAACAUGAGUCAAUCCUUUUCCCAUGAUGCUCUGCUCCUGAAACAUUCCAGCGCCACAGGUGGAGGAUCCCAGAAGCCCCGCCUUUUUUUUAGCUGCAGGGCGACUGAAACCAUUAAACUAAAUCAGUCUUUGUUACACAUCCUCAUGUUCUCACAGCCAGACGAGCUCAACACAACCUCUCCCAGAUUUCAGCUGUAAUGACGAUGAAUAAAUGAAUGAUAUAGUAAAGUAUUGAGUGUGUUUGUAAAGUCUGAUCCUGCCGCCACACUGCGUCAGAAUAAAGUAAAAUCAACAUGUUGAGACGAACGUGAAUGAAGCGUUUGUAAACAGUUUCCUGUCAAAUGUAACAUCAGGAUGUUUUUCAUAUUUGAUGUAAUUAAAUAAAUAUAAUGUUCAACCAAC